UAUUGCGAAUGAGUUUUGUUUUGCUAGGCAAUUGUUUUCUUCUGCUAUUUAUAGCGAUUAUUGAAAAAAAGCGAUGAACUCAUAGAAUUUGCAAUAGCAGUGCCAAAAGCGGAAAACCAAAAUAAACAAGAAACAUUCAGAAGAAAAUUUAAUGUCACAUCGCUGAUAAAAAAACUUAUGUAACUAGCCAAGCGUGAAAAACUAUUGCGAUUGUUAGAUAAUUGCAAAAACGAGGUAUUAGCACCUGCUAGAUCCAUCAGUUUCGAUGUGUACAAAAAGCCGCGGUGUGCGGUGCAUAAAUUCAACGAGUUUGGGCAAAUAUAAGUAGAUUCUGCUACCUUCACAACAACAAACACAUACAGCAGCAAACAUCAACGACUGUGCAGUUCGUGUAACUGAGAAGCAGUGCGAAACAAACGACCGUGUAUUAGCAGGGCAUCAUUGUUCAGCGAUUAGGCGUAUUUAGUAGAAGACGUCGAGAAUGUCUGUGCGCCUACUCACUUUACGACUGGUUAAAAAUGGUCGCUACUUCCUACAAAGCUACUGGAGACGCGAUAUACACGCCAACAUUUUGGAACAAAGCCGAGAGAAGACGCGCCGGAGCUUACCCAACUCUUUGAGGUCGGGCGCUGCUAGCACCAGCGCGUCCGCUCAACCUUUACAGGUUAAAGGUGCACUACAUGGCAUUGCAAAUACCAACACAAGCGGCGCUGCCAAAUCGCUGCCGCGUACCGGCCUCUUAAGCGUUGGUCAACAUGCGCGCAAAGUAUUCAUUGACAACAUUCUGAAUCGUGUCACAACCAAUUAUUCACAAGAUUUACGAACACAAGCAACAAAAAAGCUUUUCUACGGCGAUUCCGCACCUUUCUUUGCAUUGGUCGGUGUUAGCUUGGCUUCCGGCGCAGGUGUAUUAACGAAAGAAGAUGAGCUGGAGGGCGUUUGUUGGGAGAUACGUGAAGCUGCGGGUCGAUUGCAGGCCUCGUGGAACUGUGAUGAAAUAUCUGAAACUCUUAAUUCUGAUUUUAAUAUUGAUAAGCUGGACGUUGGGCCGGCUAUAGCUAAAGGCUGCGCCGCGGUAGUUUAUUCUGCAGCUUUUAAAAAUACGCAUCCCGUUAGCGCAGCUGUGGAAACUCCCUUACUCAAUGCAACACACGAUGCACAGGCAGCGGCUGCCUUGGCGCAAGCUAGCGCAGCUACACGACUACAACAACAAUCUUUCCAACCAGAACUAAUGUCGCCAAUACAGAAUAUGUCGCGUUUUGUACACAAUUUCGGCACUUCUAUGGACAAUUUGAACGAGCUGUACAAUCAGAACUCAGCUGCAGCCGCGUUUGUCGCUCAACGGAAAGCACAAGGGGAAGAGGAAAAUAUGCAGAAAUUAGUUGACGAUUUGGAUAGUGAUAGCAACGCUGGUUUCUCUGGCAUUAGCAGCGGCAUGCAAGGGCUGCAACCCAUCGACGCACCGCUGGCUGACAUCAAUCGUUAUCCACUUGCUUUGAAAAUGAUGUUCAAUUAUGACAUACAAAGUAACGCGCUCUCCAUCCUACGUGCCAUGUACAAAGAGACCGUGCCAGCACGAGCGCGUCGCAUGAACGACUGCGCUGGGGAGUGGGAACGCCUGUUGCAAAAUCAAACACUCACUUUGCCACCUCAUCCAAAUAUUGUCUGCAUGUUUGGCUUUUUCUGCGAUGAGGUACGUAAUUUCCCCGAUGGUCACUUGCUAUAUCCCAUUGCGCAGCCGCAACGCAUCAAUCCAAACGGUUAUGGCCGCAAUAUGUCGCUAUAUCUGCUGAUGAAACGCUACGAUUACAGUUUGCGCGCAUUGCUCGAUUCGCAUAAACUGAGCGCACGUACCAAACUAUUGUUGUUGGCACAAUUGUUGGAGGCCACAGCGCAUAUUAAUCGUCACGGCAUUGCACAUCGCGAUCUCAAGUCGGACAACAUACUUAUUGAAAUGAAUGAUGAUGAUUCGCCGCCAGUAUUGGUACUCUCAGAUUUCGGCUGUUGCUUGGCUGAUAAAGUGCAUGGCUUGCAGAUACCCUACACCUCUUUCGAUAUAGAUAAGGGCGGUAAUGCUGCACUUAUGGCGCCAGAGAUCAUUAAUAAACAGCCAGGGCCGUUUGCGGUGCUUAACUACGCUAAAUCAGAUUUGUGGGCUUGCGGUGCGAUUGCCUAUGAAAUAUUCGGCCAACGCAAUCCUUUUUAUUCCUCAAGUGGUGGUUUGGCUUUCGCUAAUGGGGAACAGACGUUAUCGCUUCGAAACAGUGAUUAUAAAGUAGAUGAUUUGCCGCCGCUGAGUGAUGAAUGUCCAGUGAUUGUGCAACAGCUAAUUUUUAACAUAUUAAAUCCGAGCGCUUCCAAGCGUGUUAGCCCAGAUAUAGCCGCAAAUGUAAUGCAGCUAUUCCUGUGGGCACCAUCGAAAUGGCUUAAGACAGGUGGCACGCCCAAUAGUCCGGAGAUCCUCCAAUGGCUACUUUCACUUACCACCAAAGUUAUGUGCGAAGGUCGCGCUACUGUCGAACAGUUCAGCUUCAAUGCGAGCGGCCGACGCACUUAUGUUGAAUACCUGUUGAUAUGUAGUUUCUUGGCGCGUGCACGUCUACGUCGCAUACGUGGCGCUCUCAACUGGAUACAAGACGUGGUUGCGGCUUGAACGUGUUAUUUUAAACCAAUAAAUAUAACAUAUAAUUUAACAAGAACCACUAGCCUAAAGCUAGCUUCCUUAGGCAAAAGAGCAUCCUUUCAAAAUUAUAGUAAACCUAGGAAAAACUAAUGCUACACUUCUGUAACUGCUGAUUGUUUUUAGAUUCUGGCAAACAUUUUAUUUAUUUAUUUUGUUUAUAUGUUUUGGUGAGGUAAGCGUUUAGGCGUAGGCAAAAGUCAUUAGGAACAGUAAAAUUUAUAAAUUGUGAUGAGCAGUGUUUAUCAAUACUUACGUUUUACAUAUGCAUAUUAAAACAUAAUUCAUUAACAUUCAUUUGCUAGCAUACAUACAUAUAUUAGAUAUUCCUAAUUGGCAAACAAAUGGAUUGGCAUAGUUUUAUACCCGUACAUUUUUUUAUUGAUUGUAAUUUUAACGUAUAAAUUAUUGUAUUUACUUUAAAAAACAUAUAUAAACCACAAAUCCAAUUUAGCUUUAAUAAUGAAGACACUUUAUCCGAGACCGUUAAAUAUUGCUUACCUAUGUAUGUAUUCGAUGUAAUAAAAUUAAAUAUACAUGCGUAUACAGAAAAUAAAAA